AUGUAUAGUGAUGAGUUGGAAGAGAGUGACAAUGACAUCAAUGAGGAGCCCACCAAUAAGGUUGCAGAUGGUCCUCAUGCAUUGCAAGACAACAUAAUGGAUCACCAGGACUCAGAUGGUGCUGCCAGUCAUCAUGCUCCAGUGCAGCCACAAAUCCAUCAGCCUGGACCAUCAUCUGAAGUUUCACAUGAAGCUCCCCAUCAGCCUCAUCUCACUGAUUCAUGUAGCUGUGACCCUCACAACCCUCCCCAGAACCCUCCUGAGCCUGUCCAGUGCACACCUCAUGUACCUCUCACAUGCAAUCUCCCAGAUCGUCUUACUGAUCCACAUAGCCACGACCCUCCCCAAAGCCUCUCCAACAAGAGCAUGCAGAACCCUCCUGAGCCUGUCCAGCAUGCACCUUGUGUACAUCUCACACACGAUCUCCCAGAGCAACUGCAGCUUGAGUCCCAUGAGCUGUCCCAUGAGCCUACUGAAUUCUCUGUGGACAUGGUACAGGAGACAGAGCCAUGGGAGCAAGACCAGGAUGAGGCAGUGAUGCAGGAGAAGAACGAGGAUGUGGACAUGGUGUACAAGACCCAUGAGCCAGCAAUGCAGGACCAGGACAAGGAUGUGGCACAGGAGAAGGAGAAGGAUGAGGACAUGGAUGUGGUGUACAAGACCCACAAGCCAGCGAUGCAGGACCAGGAUGAGGAUGCAGCACAUCAGACACUGGUGCAGGAGAUGGCUCAGGGGAGGUGUCGGAAGAGGUGUCAGAAGAGGUGUCUGUGA